CAUUUACAUGAGUCCAGUUUGAUUAUACCGUGCAGUGCUGAUGCUUUGCUCAGUCACACCACCACCAGCGUUGUGUGAGUUUAGAAAGAGGGGAGAGCAUUAAGCUGGCAGAACGUGUGCUACAGCUCGGGCGUGGGGUCACCUCAGUUCGAUUGAAAGGCCACUGAACAGCCCUUGUGUGUUAGACUCUGGUGAAGAUGGUCUGAAGGCAUGAGCUGUUCCUGACAGCUGAUGGCGGGGGUUUAUUGCUGUCUCCGAGGCACGGCAGGAGAUCAUAUGAUGGCCACGGGACUGCCAGACCUAAGACAGGCUUCAGAGGCUGAAGAAGGCAAUGAAGAGUGUUCAGGCAAGAAGAAGUCAAAAUUUAAAACCUUCAAAAACUUUUUUGCCAAGAAGAAGAGGAAAGAUCCAGCAACCCCCAGAGGAGAGAGCAGUCUUAAACCGUGUCAAUCGAGCAGUGAUGUCAACCUUCCGGAACUUUCCACAGCAUUGCCUAACUCUGAGGCAGGCUCUCAAAGUAGCAUUGGAAACAGAGCUGUGUCACAUGACAGCAUUUUCAUUCCGGAAGUUUCCAUCUCCAGCUCUGCUCCGGUCAGAGUGAUGUCUCAGGAAAAUAUGCCUGGGAGGGUGAAAGCUUUGCAGCUACAGCUUCAACAGAACAUCCACUUGACUUCCCCUGGUAUGCUGAUUUCUACAAAAAAAGUGGAUGAUGCUGGAACUCUCUCAGAGGAUGAUGGUUUGCCCAGAAGUCCUCCGGAAAUAUCAUCUCUUCACGCCAUUCUGAGAUGCUCCACUCCAAAGUCUGCAGCCUCUGUGGAGAGACACAGCUCUUUGAGUUUAGGUGGAACAGGAAGUGAAGAUGAAGAGCAGAUAUCCUCAAAGCCUUCUUCCAGACCUCUGAGUCCCCUCUCACCACUGGCUUUCAUGACAACCAUCUCUGACUCACUUCCUGUUGACUUCAGCUCCCCAGCUAACCCUUUUGCCUGCCUGGAUAACUCUGCGGCAAAACACAAGAUUGCUGUUAAUCCUCGCAGACAGAAGUUCUUUGCCAAACAGAAGAAGCCAACUAUUAGAGAAGAUUCAAAGAUGCCCAAAUUUAUUUUGCCUGGAAGUAAAGAUGAAAGGGAUCCAGUCACGUCCUCUGCCAAUGAUUUCCAGACAGAAAAUAAAGAAGAAAUUGAUCUCUUGGCACAAUGCAAUGACUUAAAGCAUGAAACAAAUGGAGAUGAGUUUAUGGAAACUGUUUCUAAGAGUUCCAAAAUACAUGAGGUUCCUCACAGUCACAGUCCAGAGCAUGGUGGAAAUGCUUUAGAUCAGAAUGGAGCUGUAUUGCCUAAAACUACAAGUAAACAGACACUUGACCCAGAAAUGCUCCUUACCUCUGAUGGUGUAUAUAGUUCUGAGAAGCCUCCCAAUAUGCAAGUGCUGUCACCAGGAAUAAUGCUAAUGCAUGAUGAAGAUUUUAAAUCGACUUUGGAGAAGUCUUGUAUGGACAAUGAAGAAAAUGCUGUUCUGUCUCUUCCCAUGUUUCCAAUGACCAUUACUGAAUCAGAAGAAUGUUCAGAGACAAUCAGUCGAGCCAAAGGGGGAGCCAUAUUUGAGAAUAUGGAGGAGGCUGUGCACCCCAUCAAUGCCGACACACCUCCAUCAGAAGGAAAGAUCUCAGCUGAAAUACACACAGAGAGAAGUGAAGUGGGAAAUGGUGGAAAUGCAGUACAAUCAGAACAUGGCUCAAAGUCUAAAGAAGCAAAGUGUAAGAGCUCUGUUGUACCUCAUGAUGACGCUUUGCACUUGUUCAAAGAGACAGAACGACAGGAAGAAAAUAUCCUGACAGAUAAUUCAAUAAUGAGAGAGGUAGUUGACACGAGCUUAUUAAAUAACAAGGUGGAACACCAACAGGCUUCCAGUGAUGAAUUGACAGAUAAUACUUGGUGUAUAUCAGAAGUUCCACUUGAAGAGUUGUUCAUUCAAUCUGAACCUUCUACACUGCAAUUACUUGAUGUUCAGGGACAGUCUGAACAUUCAAUACCUGAUAAGUCAUUACAGAAAGAUAACAGGCUUGUGAAUCAAGGUUCAGCCAAAUUCUCAAUCGCCUCUGCCUGGCAGAGGUCGUUAUUGGAGGCCAAUAGAAAGAACGAAGGUUUGAAUGCAGAUUGUAGUUUUCAGGCACCACAGAAACCUGAGCUUUGCAAGGAGAAUGUCAGUGAAGGGUCAUCAAAUCAAGGCACAGGAGGUCUCCUGAAAUACCAACAGUUCUUUGAUCAGCCAUUGAAGAUGAAAUUCGCUGGAGCCAGACCAGCUGCUACUGAGAAGCCAUGUCUCCAAAACAUUACAAAACCGCAAACAAAAGCUGACUUAGAUACCAAAGGAAACCCAUUUGGUGUCAAACUCAGGAGAACCUCACCUCUUCUCAAAUAUUCAGCUGAAAAUAACUCCGAACAUGUUGUGGUUGACAGCGAGCAGGCAGUGGGAAGUAAGCCACAUGCAGGGAUACAGACCCCAACGGCUCAGGCAAUUGGUGCUAGAGGCAGCAGACAGGCAGAGGCUGACACAGUGAAUACAGUGAAGGAAGAUAAUGACAAAUUAUUCCUGGAGAGUCACAGGAAUAGAUGCCGACUGCUGGGAAAAGCUGAUUCAGUGGAUGUCUCAACUGAGUUAGUGACACAAGAAAAGGACAAUACUCCUCAAGAGAAGACUGAAAGAAAAGAUCGUCAAACCCAACUGGACUUCAGUAAAGCCUCAGAGAGGAAACCACAACUUGUCAAAUGUGCUGCAGCAGAGGAUGCCAGCUGUGGAGUCAACUGCUCAGAGCCUGUGUGGGUCUCCAUGGCAAGACAGAAACAGAAAGGCUUUCAAGGCCAAUACUCAGGGAUGCAGGACAGACCCCAGCCCCUGGAGGACAGGUUCUCAGUACAGAUUGAUGCAAAGAAGGAAGCAAAAAAACCCCAAUUGGGGAAGAAUGGAAAUAAGAACCCCUUACCCAGCUUUCAGGCCAAGGAACUGAAAACACAUGCAAAGGAGGAAGAUGAAUCCAACACAAUAACUCCUUUUGGACAUGGUUCACAGUUACAGCCAAAAGCACAAGCCUAUGGAAUGGGGAUGAGAGAGAAACGGCCAACGCCUAAUGUGAAGAUUGCUCCACUGGCUACUGUGCAACCACCAUGGCUAGCCAUUGCCAAGAAGAAAGCAAAAGCAUGGAGUGACAUGCCUCAGACUGUCCAGUAACACUUCAGCUCCAAAACAAGACAACAGGAGGAGAUUGCUCUUCAAAACAUUCCCGAGACCCCAACUGUGAUUGUCUUCAACAGUGAUACUGAGACUGUUGUGGUACACGCUGUGGCAUAGUGUAGCAAUUUGUCCUGAAAAGUGGUGCAAUUGUGGAGUAUUAGAUGGGCUGCUUGUUAAACUGCAUGUCCAAUAUUCAAUUCAUUGACGUCCACGGAAACAAACAUUUGAUUGCAUCUGCAAUAAGUACCAGUUUUGCAUCCACUCCCAAAUUAAAUUUCACCCUGAAAGUGCAUUCCAUUGGUGUUCCUCUGUCACUGUUCAGAUGCAUGAAUUAAACUGAUUUAAAUAGUUUAUCGUCUAUGUUGAAGGACCCAAAGAAAUGACAUACUCAGCUAUUGUCAGCAAACGUAGAGUCCAAGCUAAUAAAGCUGACAGGCCUAAUUGUUCUUUUUGAUUUCUAAACUGCUCCUUUACUCCCAAAAUUAUCUUAUACCUGUCUCUGUCAGUGACUACCUGCGUUGUGGAGUGGAAUAUCUGGGUAUUAUUAUUUCCUGCAAUGGCAGACUGAAUUCACUUCUGGAAUGAACUGUAAGCUCAGCAUAAACGCCUGCAAUUCCAAAUCUGUUGGUAACUUGAGCUAUUUAGAAUAAGGUCUGAUCUACUAACUGAUGAGCAAGCUGUCUGCAGGUUUAGUGACUUGGAUUUAUUCAUCUGCUCCUGUGACUUGGGUUCAAAUCAAGUCCAGAGUGACGUAAAGAAUAUUUCUUCUGUCUCCCAUAAAAUGCACUUGAACAUCAGAGGUUAGCUUUAGUUUAGCUUUUGUUUCUUGGCACGGGAUAAGGUAAGGAUUUAACCUCAAUCCAAAGGAUAUGGGCAUCAUUGGAAAGGCCAGCUUUUAUUGAUCAUCAGAUGAGUUAACAUCUUAAGCCAUUGGAGUCGGUACAGUGUAAGUACUACAUAGUGCUUUUUCAUUCUCCGUGGAGCAGUUUGAUACAACUGAAUAGUUUGAUAUUCUACGUCAGAGGGCAGUUAAAUGUCAACCAUGUUGCUGUAGAUAUGGAGUUAUACAUAGGGCUCAACAAGGAUGGCAAAUUGAAGAAAUUUAGUGAGCCAGAUUGUUUUGUUAUUUAGAGUUUCACAGAUCAUUAUUAAUGAGACUAACAUUUUAUUCAAGUUUUAUUAAUUAUUUUCAAAUUCCUUAAGCAGCUAUGGUGGGAUUUAAACUCAUAUCUCCAAAACGGUUGUUCAAAGCUUUCAAUUACACACCUAGUAGUAAACAGCUUCUCCAACAUAAUCCCAAUAUUCAGUCAUUGAGAAAGACAUUUCAGGGAAGUAAGGGAAGAAUUCUACAACCUUUAAAUAUCCAAAUCAGGUUUAAGAAGUGUGCAAAUUAAUGGCAUAGAAAGGUGCCAUUGAAUCCAUUGUAUCAGUGCCACCUGUAUACCAGAACAAGUUAAAAUUAAUCCAAGUGCCUGAUAAUUUGCUAAUAGCCUUGAGUCUUUCUCUGCUUUUAUCUAUUUUGCCCUUAAAAUAACCAAGGGUUUCUGAUUCAAUUAUUUCCUGAUUCAUUCCAUGUUCUACACAAGCAUCCGCAUAAAAACAUCAUUCCCAACCAUCUUAUUCACCCGUUCUAUAACAAUUUGAAACUGAUUAUCACUGCACUGCCAAAAUCUCAACCAACAGAAAGGCUCUUUCUGUAUUCACUGUAUCGAACCACUUUGUAAUAUUUGAAGACCACGCAGGUUCAAUGGUUCAAAAGCACUUUGGAUUUAAACUCAGCAAAGUCACUCAGAGGCAGUUUUUAGCAGGGAACUUGACUUAGGCCUUGGUUCACGUUUACAUUGCUAUUUUAUAGUUAAUGCACAUGCAAAAUUGCUUCAUGCUGAGGCUGAACUUACCAUUUAAGUGCAGCAAAAAAGAGUGAUACAUGACCUUGAGGGUACCAAGAUGGAAAGUGCUUUGGUUCCAGCAUCUUCACUCUUUUCCUUACUAAGCACACACCAAAAAGAAAUUAAAAAUUGAUAGACUGUCAGAAUUAUGACCUCAUACAUGUUCCAAUAAAGGUGACUAAAAUUUGAAGCAUUUCCAAUUGUCCUGCUAAAUAUCUUCAGAGUUGGUAACAAUAGAAAUUAUGCCUGUUGUUAUAUUCUGUACCACGAGCUGCAUUAAACUCUGCUGUUUUGAA